GCACCGCGGCGGCGGCGGGAUUACGUAAGCAGCCGCUCCGCCGUUUCCUCGCUGCCACUCCGCUCUAAAGUCAGAAACCAAAACAGCGGCGACUCAGCCUGAAUCUGACCCUCCGAAACCAGAACCAGAACCCGAACCCGGAGAGACAUGGACCCAUCUACCGCCAGGAAGGAGCCCGAGACCACCUGCGUGCUGUGCUGCCAGGACAUCGAGAUCUUCGCCGUGGGGAAGUGUGACCACCCGGUGUGCUACCGCUGCUCCACCAAGAUGCGGGUGCUGUGCGAGCAGCGAUACUGCGCCGUGUGCCGGGAGGAGCUCGACAAGGUUAUUUUCGUAAGGAAGCUAAAACCAUUUGCUGCUCUUCCUCACCAUGAAUACCAGAGUGAGAAGAAAUAUGACAUCUAUUUCAGUGAUGGGAAAAUCUUUGCCCAGUUCAGGAGGAUUUUGCUUUUUGAAUGUCCGCAUUGUCCCGAGUCCAAAGUGUUCUCCAAGUUUGAGGAGCUGGAGCAGCACAUGAGGAAGCAGCAUGAGCUCUUUUGCUGCAAGCUCUGUGCUAAGCACUUAAAGAUAUUUGCCUAUGAGAGGAAAUGGUAUAAUCGCAAGGACCUGGCUCGACAUCGGACGCAAGGGGACCCGGAUGACACCUCUCAUCGUGGCCAUCCGCUUUGUAAAUUCUGUGAUGAUCGGUACCUGGAUAACGACGAACUGCUUAAGCACUUAAGGCGAGACCACUUCUUCUGCCAUUUCUGUGAUGCGGAUGGGGCACAGGAAUACUACAGUGACUACCAAUACCUCAGUGAGCACUUCCGAGAGAGCCAUUAUCUGUGUGAGGAGGGUCGCUGCAGCACAGAACAGUUCACGCAUGCUUUUCGCACAGAGAUCGACUACAAGGCCCACAAGGCUGCCGCCCACAGUAAGAGCCGGGCUGAGGCGCGGCAGAACCGCCAGAUCGACAUACAGUUCAACUACGCUCCCCGACAGCAGAGGAGGAAUGAUGGUAUGGUAGGUGGAGAAGACUAUGAGGAAGUAGAUCGUUUUAACAGACAGACACGGCCUGGGAGAGGAGGAGGAGGGCGUGGUGGAUCACACAAUGUAAGAAGCUGGAGGUAUAUUAGAGAGGAGGAGGAUCGGGAUCUGGUUGCUGCUCUUCAGGCCUCGCAGGCUCUUCGCCGACAGGAAGAGAGAAGACAUGCUCAUGAGAGAGGCAACCAGAAACCACGCAUGAAGGAGGAGAAGAUGGACACGGAUGAGUUGAGGAGCAGUAGAAGUGCAGCUAAACCUCCGAGUGAUGUGCAAGGGAGACCAAUGGGUGGUACUAAGGGUGGUAAUGGUAAUGGUAACGGUCCACUCAAAGGAGAGGAUUUCCCAAUUUUAGGAGCUGGUGCAGCACCUCCACCACCCAUUCAGAGCACGAUCAAACCCACUCCUGUCACCCUCAAAGAGGAUGACUUCCCAAGCCUGGUACAGUCUGGUGCAGCAGUUUCAACUCCAAUGACCACAUCCUACAUGACCUCAGCUAAAAAACACUCUUCCUUCCAAGAAGAAGAUUUCCCAGCCCUCGUCUCAAAGAUCAAACCCCUAAAAACCCAGGGGAACGCAGCGACUGCCUGGUCCCAAGCAGGAGGCAAACCUGCGGCGUCCAACAACAAACCUGUGGUUCUGCCAACUAGGGUUCCUCCCGCACAUCCUGCUCCUGUGUUCACCGCCAGCGAUCCACCGCCCACCAGCAGCGUUCCUCAGGCCCUCACGUCUUCUCGCCGCAAGAAGAAGCUCACCUCUUCGGAAACCGCUAAAGCUGCACCUAAAGUGAAAUCUCCAGUGUCCUCAGAUGAUGAAACCGGUGGAAAAACAUCCCAGGAGAUCCGUGCUAUUCCCACCAUGCUGGAGAUCUCCUCCCUGUUAACGGUAAAGCCUGGCUCACAGCCAAAUGCCAAAGCUGGUAAAAAGAAGAAGCAAGCUAUGACCACCCCUUCUGGGACGUCUUCACAUGAUGUGGAACUGGUAACUCUCGCAGCUCACAAAGAAAACGUUCCUGAGACCAAACCACCAGAUGUCAGUGUUCCUAAAGGACCUGUGGUUCCCAAAACGAACACGUUUAUGAAUGGUUAUAAGGAUAAAACUACUGAUACUAUUUCCUAUGCAAGUCCUAUUGAAGAACCCCCUGCUCCUAAAAAGCAACCUGUAUCAGUUGUUACAGAAGAGGAGGAAUUCCCUGCUCUUACUGUUAAGAAACCUCCACCUGGUUUUAAAGGUACAUUCCCACUGAAGAGCAGUCAGACUGGGUUGCCUCCUCCUCCUCCUCCUGGUCUUGGGCCUGUGGUCAGCAAGCCUCCACCAGGAUUCACUGGUGUUCCACUUAACAGUAAUGUAGUUGAACCCACACUGCCGGUAUUUAACAGACCUACUCUCUCCACAUCUGAGACCUAUCAAAUGCCUGAAAACUUUAAGCAGAGGAACAUGGAGCUCAUCCAGUCUAUUAAAAACUUUCUCCAAAAUGAUGAAUUCAAGUUUAAUGAAUUCAAAAAUUAUUCCGGCCAGUUUAGACAGGGUGUAAUGUCCGCUGCCCAGUACCACAAAAGCUGCCGGGAUCUGCUGGGUGAGAGCUUCGGCAGGGUCUUUAAUGAGCUGCUGGUUCUUCUUCCAGAUACUCAGAAACAGCAGGAGCUUCUCGCUGCCCAUGCGGACUUUAAGGUCUUGGAGAAACAGCAGCAAGGCUCCAAGCCCAAGAAGAACAAAAAGAAAGCCUGGCAGACGGGUAACGCCAACAACAGCCUCGAACUGGACUGCCAAGUGUGUCCCACCUGCAAGCAGGUGCUGGCCCUUAAAGACUUUAAUGCCCAUAAGACCCUGCACAUCGGAGAGGACGACUUUCCUUCCCUCCAGGCCAUCAGCAAGAUCAUCAGUUAACUGCCAGUAACAGGGGCAGCACCCCAGCACACAGACUGCCGCUUCUUCAGGAUCAUAGAAGUUUAAGAGGUUGAGUGCUCAUCUGAAAUGUAGUGCUACAAAACCAUGACUUUUGGUAUUUUUGGGAACGUUUCCAUAGAACUGCAUUGCUGAACAGAAGAGACUAUUCAAUGUCUUUUUGGUAUAUUUAAAAAGUGAGGUGGUAUCUGAAGGGAUAUUUUCUUUCUCAAGUAUUAAUUAGUACUGUAUAUUCCAUUAUUUCCUAAUCCAAAAUCACUGCUUUUUUUCUAAAGUCGUUUUCAGGUUUCUACCAGAGCUUUUAAGCAUGGUCGUUUUCUAAUUCUAGUUUGCUGCAUUUUGAAAUUUAUUUAUUUUGUAAAUUUCUCAACAUUUCACUCUGAAGAUGUCAUUACCUGCUUCUCAACAACAAAAUAAAGGAGGUACAUUUAUUUGAA